GGCUCCUCCCCCUCCCUGUGGUCCCCAUGGUAACGCGCGGAGGAGAGAGCAGCUUAGCAGCACGGAGGACACGGAGGACACGGAGCAGCACCUCCUGGAGUCACUGAGUCCUUUCCGGUCCGGAUCCGUUCCCGUGCGCAGGCACCAUGAAGUUCGCGGUGGUGCUCGUGGGCGCGGGCAGCCUGGCCUUCCUCGGCGCGGUCAUCUGCAUCGUGGCCAGCGUUUACCCCCCCAGGACCGCCGCGCCCCUCGGAGACAACGGCACGCUGACAUCGGAGCCGCCGUUCGAGCCCGGGUCGGUGGCGCGCGCCGGUCCGCUGGGCGCGCUGCACGGCUCGGAGUCCUACGAGAACGCGCUUAGCGGCCUCGGCCUGGAGGUCCCCCCCCUCAACGAGCUCCACCUCGGGGAGGAGACCGGCGGCGGGUCCGCCAAGGAGAUCAGCUUCAGCCGGUUGAUCUGCACGCCGGUGCCGGUGGGUCAGUGCGGGACCAAAGACCUGAGACGGCAGCAGGCGGACGACCCGGAGGACCGAACCCACCUCCGGACCACCGCCGAGAACCUCCGGCAAAUGGUCCUGCAGCAGAACGACCAGAUCCUCAUGGACCAGAGGACCAUCCGGGAGCUCAGCGGGAAGCUCAGCGAGUGCGAGAGCGGCCUGGAGGACGAGCGGGCCGUCCCGGAGCGCAGCGUCGGGGUCUGGAGCGGCACCCGCCGCGUCAUGGCCGGGGAUGACGUCAGCUCCACCACGGCGCGCGCCGUGGAGGAGUUGGCACGCGCCAUCAUGGACCUGAAGGACCGCAUCGAGAAGCUCGAGGCCGAGAUCGGCCCGGCAGCCUUGAACCUAACGGACCCGUCCAGUCCGCCCGGUAACACCGGCAGAGCUCCGGCUCCGCCCACCCCCGGCGGCUCCUCCUCCCACCCUGUUCCGGCCCCCCACCCGGGUGGGGGUCGUCGUCCAGCCUCCCCUGCUUCCCUUGCCCCCAAAACCCAGUACAAGGGCUCCGCUGGGCGCCCCAAGGGCCCCUGGAGGGUGGAGGACCUGGAGGGGGAGCUGGAGAGGAAGAUCAAGCUGCUGGAGAAGGAGCGACAGACCAUGAGGAAGGAGACGCAAGGAGAACACGAGAAGAUCCACCAGGGCGUCGACACCGCGGACCACCGCCUCACCGAGGUGGAGCACACGCUGACGGAGCCCCCGUUUCCUGAAGGCUUCGUCCUCUCCUUCCCCAUGAGGACCAACUACAUGUACGGCCUGGCGAGGAAGGAGAUCACGGAGAUGUACGCCUUCACCGCCUGCAUGUGGCUGAGGGCCAAGGAGGGGGGCAUCGGGACGCCCUUCUCCUACUCCGUCCCGGGACAGCCCAACGAGCUGGUGCUGCUUCAGGGGGUCCACAGCCCGGCAGAGCUGCUCAUCAACGACAAGGUGGCGCAGCUGCCUCUUUCUCUACCUGAGGACCAAUGGCAGCACAUCUGUGUGAGCUGGACCCUGAGGGACGGGGUGUGGAAGGCCUAUCAGGGGGGCAAGAUGAAGGGCAGGGGGGAGGGGCUUGCUGCCUGGCAUCCAAUUAAACCAGGGGGAGUCCUUAUACUGGGACAGGAACAGGACACGCUGGGCGGGCACUUCGACGCCUCCCAGGCGCUGGUGGGGGAGCUGUCCCAGUUCAACCUGUGGGACCGGGUGCUGAAGCCGGCCGAGGUGGCCGCGCUGGCCGACUGCAGCUCCUCGGCUCUGGGAAACAUCUCGCCCUGGAGCGACCGCCACGUGGACGUCUUCGGCGGCGCCACCAAGGAGUCCCUGGACCCGUGCCACGCCGGCCGCAGGCCCGACCCCCCCAGCCCCAGGCAGUGAGGCUCGAGAAGGGGGGGGGGUGGGGGCGAGGCACUCGUUCAGUGGUCGCUGUGUAUUUCUUCUGUUUUUAGUCACAUGAUCACCUCAGCGCUGGCUGCACGAAUGCAUCCACUUCAACGGGACUGGCUGGGCUUUAGGCCCCGCCCCUUCUGAGCGAGUUCAACCUCGUCUGAACUCUGACACGCUUUCAUUGGUCGUGUGUGUUUCAGCGCCUGAUGGGAGGCGGAGUCAGUGUUUCUCUGUUUGCUGUAAACAAGCCGGUGGUCUUAAUGUAUCUUCUGUAUUCUGAAUGCUCAUCAUCUCACACGCCACAAAGACCAUGGUCUUUGUCCCUCUCAAAGAGAUGGACCAUGGUCUUUGUCCUCAUCUUAGAGAUGGACCAUGGUCUUUGUCCUCAUCUUAGAGAUGGACCAUGGUCUUUGUCCUCAUCUUAGAGAUGGACCAUGGUCUUUGUCCUCAUCUUAGAGAUGGACCAUGGUCGUUGUCCUCAUCUUAGAGAUGGACCAUGGUCUUUGUCCUCAUCUUAGAGAUGGACCAUGGUCUUUGACCUCAUCUUAGAGAUGGACCAUGGUCUUUGUCCUCAUCUUAGAGAUGGACCAUGGUCUUUGUCCUCAUCUUAGAGAUGGACCAUGGUCUUUGUCCUCAUCUUAGAGAUGGACCAUGGUCUUUGUCCUCAUCUUAGAGAUGGACCAUGGUCUUUGUCCCUCUCAGACACACCGAUCAGACUCUUGAUGACUUUGGUGAAACUGUAUCGUGUCCCUCAAUGUGAACCCAAUGGAAUGUGUCUACGUACAUUUGCAUGAGCAAAGUCACAUGUCACAAGAGAAAGUGAGUAAACUACAGCGGUGAUGUCAUCAGUGGUGGUGAUGUCAUCACACAGAUCCUUUGGCGGACAUUAGUCAAUAAAAGAACAAACGGAAUUUCCUAAUCUAAUACAAUGUAUUUAUCCUAUCAACAAAUAAGAAGGUUUCCUCCGUUAGCGAUCAAUAAUGGAUUAAAUGUGUUAAUCAUAUGUUAAGAAGUCUUCAGAUGACAUCACAUGAGUUUUAAUCUCUGGACUCAAAGUUCUAAAUGGACGUGGUGGAUCAACGUUUGGAGGAUCAGGGCUUUGAUUCCGUGGUUUCAGAUACAAAAUCCACCUCAACCCUUUACCCCCCCCCCAUGCCACCUGUCACCCUGUUGUAAAGUGCCUGCAUGGGCUCUCAUGCCCAAAAUAUAAUAGUGGAAGGUUUGAAUGUUUUCUUCUUUGUCGUGUUUCUUCUUCUCCUUCCGUCAUGUCGCUUCUGGUCUUGAAGGCUGUGACAGUGCUGCACUUUUCCUUAUUUGCAUCUUCAUGGAUUUUCAAUGAUAUUGUGAAAUAAAUGAAUAAAAUAAAUAAAAAAAUCAAAUGGUUAUGAGAAAAAUGGUGGACUCCU